CUGCAUACGUUAAACAUGGAGGUUGGGUACUUGGAGGUUUUCAACAAAAUAUGGCAUCAUUGUGGUAUUGAAUGGGAGGAUAGAGGCCCAACAAAAACAUUUCUGACGGAUUUUGUUAAUGAAAUCUCAAGUUAUGGCUUCAUAUCUGGCGAAGAUAUUCUACUUUGUCUUAUUCUUGGCGUGGCUUUCACCAUAUUGCGGUAUUUGUUGUCGACGCUGAUUUUCGAGCCUUUUUUCAAAUGGUGUCAGCUCUCUGAAAAAGAUCAAAAGAAGUCUCCAGAAAAUGCUUUCAAGUUUUUAUAUUACUGCUCCGCAUAUGGCUACUGUUCCUACAUUCUGUUUAAUGGCAAAUACAACUUUUUCCAAGACACAAGAAACUGCUGGAAGGGAUGGUAUAAAGGGAUGCCAGUUUCUCAGGACAUUUACAUCCUUUAUAUGGUACAAACUGGGUUUUAUUUCCAUUCCAUGUAUGCCACAGUGUUCAUGGAUCAGUGGAGAAGGGACUCCAAUCUUAUGCUUGUACAUCAUGUUAUAGCAAAUUGCUUACUUUUUUUCUCAUUUGCUGUAAGGUACUACAAAAUUGGUGUUAUAGUUUUGUUUCUUCAUGACAUUGCUGAUAUUUUUCUGGAGUUCAGCAAACUCUGCGUUGCUUUCAAGUCACGUGGAGGAAAAUAUCAUCUAGUGCCUGAUGUACUCAGUAAUGUAGGAGUUUCGUGUUUUGCUUUGGUAUGGUUAUAUUGUCGCCUGUAUCUCUACCCAUUAAAAGUACUUCAUUCUUGUGGCUGUGAUGCUCGACCAAUCGUUCCUACUGCUCCUUUUUACUUCUUUUUUAAUGCAAUGCUGUGGGUGCUAUUUUUAAUGAACAUUUGGUGGUUUACGUUCAUUGUGUGGCUCUUAGUUCGUAUAAUUAUUGGAAAGAGCACUGGUGUAGAAGAUACGCGUGAGAUCCCUGAGCACCCUGAGAAAGACAAACAGCUUGGUAAUGGAGGGAAUGUAGCAAAUGGAGAAAUACAUGAACCAGCUGGUGAUAAAGCUGAUCUCAUGCAUAAUGGUAAUGGUAUCAAGAGAAGGGGAGAAAAUGGUGAGCAUGUUCUGCAUGGUAAUGAGCAAUUCCGACACAGGCAACCACACACCAAACCAGCCAGUCCUUAGAAUGGUUCUCUGAUGUGAAACAGCCUGCUAACAUUUUUCAGACUUCAGCCUCCCACAACAGGACCACAAUUUGGAUAAAAUUGUGCUCUAUACCACUGAGAAGUUUUUAAGAUGUGAAUAAUUUUAAUGUUCUGUAACUGUGUUCACAGUUUGAUUCAAUACAUUCAUAUAGUUUUUACAUGUACUUGUGCUGAGCAGCGAAGAUUUCUUUACACAAGAGUAAUACUUUUAACAAUGAAUGUGUUUGGUUAAAUUUGAGUGCUUUUGUAUGUAAAAUGUUAUGCAUUGUUAAGUUCAGCUUCCUUUUCUAAUCACUACUGGUUUUGACAGUACAUCGAGCCUCUUCUAAUAAUAUUACAACAGAAAAUACAGUUGUGCAAAGUUUGCACUCAGUAUACGAUAUCCAGAUUGUGAGUAUGUGGCUGCUAAUUAAACCCAAGAACUUAACAUAUUAAUUGUGUAUUGAAUUCAUUUUUUUGGUUAACAAAAUUGUAGUGAGUGCAGUCCAAUCAAAUGAAACAUUUUGUUAACCUGUUGGAAAAGUGUAUAAUUAUGUAGUCUAGUUAAUAAGUUAAAUAUGAAUUAAAAAUCUUUGUGACGUAGCCAUAAGAUUUAGUUUAAUAGAAAUGUUAUAUGUCAUUUCAAUUCAGAACUAACCACAUGAACAUUCCUAGAUGAAUAAUUUUGCAAGGAAAAUAUUUAUCAACCCAUGGGUGUAAUGUAAGGAAUGUCAGUUACCUUAACAAGCUAAUUGCAGAAUUUCUGCUGUGUGUUAGUUUCCAAUUGUGUCUUAAUUAGUUGGUACAUAUUUUCAACUAUGUAAAUGUUUUAGUAAAACUCCAUCAUUAGCCAUUAUUACAUUACUGCACUUUUUAGUGUUCACAUUUUGGAUAUUAAUUUCCAUGUACUACAUUUAUGCAUCACGUGAUCCCUAUAAGCACAACAAGUUUAUUUCAUUUACUGAUGCAAGAUAAUUAUUAGCAUUUUGUCAAAUCACAUACGAAUCCAUUAUUUUAAUAUUCAUUAAUAGUGAUUUAGAGAGGAAUUUUUUUCUGUCAUUUAUCUUAGAACUUGAAUGCAAUGGAAUGUUAUUGCAGUCACAGGAAGGAAGGCAAGGGGACAGUGUUGAAAAAAUCACUCCUCUGGAGCUCCAUUAGAUUCAUUUAUCAGUGAAGUAAAAGUUUAUAGCCUGUUUGUCAUAAAAUUUCAUACCAUCUGGUCUUUAUAUCUGAGAAUUGUUUGACAGCUAUUACAAAACCAAAUUACUUUUCACUAUACUCAGCACAAAAAACCUUUCACUCAGAAUCAAGAUAACUUAAACACGGUUUCCAUUUUUAACGCAUUUAAGACAAACAAAAACAAGUGACUUACACAUGUGACACAUGUGCAUUAUACGAUAUUGUGAAAAUUGAUGGUUUUCAUCAGAGAAAUCACAUUCCAUACUACAAGUUCUCAUUAUUAUUACAAUUAUCCAAUGACCAAAAUUACGAGGAGGAAAAACGAGUAUGUUUCUUAAAAAUGCAAUUGUCACCGUUUAUAGACAAAUUGAAACUUACAUUUUCAGGAUAUUUCAUUCAGAUAACCGCUGAGAUACAGAUGUACUACGUUAAAAGGAUUAUAGUCGACGUUAUGAAAUUUGCACUAAGAAAAAAACUCCCUGAAAUUUAUUUUCUCAUUUUUAUAAGUAUGAAAUAUGUACAUACAUACAUGUACAUAUAAAAACAAGUCUUACCCUUCCUUGAGCGAAAAUUAGAACUAUAAAAAAAUUUAUCUCGCAAAAAAUCGUUAAAACUAUGAUUUGUUGGCUCUGGGAUUUUCAGCAUUGUGGUGAGCAUCAGUUUGGAAUCUGUAGACUCAAAUUCCAGAUCCCUCAUUUCGUAAAGUUUAAUGCUUCCUAAUUAAAUUAAUCUGGUAUUAAAUUGAAAUAUAUUUCUGUAACAGUUGGUAAAUUGUAAAGUAGCAUUCUUUAGGUAGAUGAAGCCAGGUUUUAGGAUAUUAAAUGGUAUUCAUUCGAGUGAUAUUUCAGGUAAUUGAAACGGUGAUUAAUAAUUCAAUGUUUGAAUGGGUGACCUUAUUACGAUAAUGAAGUGUGUGGCUUAAGCUAAAAUUAUUGGAAAUGAAUGUCGUAGGGAAAUAAGUGCAUUAAAGCAGUGGUAGUUUUGUGGUA